UCCGUGAGGGGUACGUCUAUCGGGAAGCAGGACUUGAUACACCUUAAGUUGUCAUUGAUCCUUAUAAACCCAACAAGAGGAAAAAGAAGAUGGAGAAUAUGUUUAAAUUCCUAUUUAUUUGUGUUUUUCUUGCAUAUUGUACUCCCUCGGUCAAGGGAGAAUAUGAAGACAAGAGGUGUAUUUGCAUCUGUCCUGAUCCAUCGGUUGUCAAUGGGACGAAGAGUAAUCGCAUGGUAUACAAAGAACCUGUAGCCCCUAGCAAGUGUGACUGUGACAAUGUAGUUCUACCUAAAGUUGCUGAUGACAUCAGGGGCCGUGAACAGGAAUUCUGCCCUCGCUGUGAGUGCAAAUAUGAGAGCCGCAACAGCACUACUAUCAAAGUAGUGGUCAUCCUGGUUAUCUGGAUCAUCUCCUUACUGGUGGUGUACAUGGGCUUUCUCUUAUGCCUGGACCCACUGCUCAACAAACGACGCUCGCAGCCUUCAUACCAGGAACACACAAAUGAAGACGAUGAUGCUGGGGUUGUUGGGGGAGCCCCAGGAAUGGCUCAGCCUCUCCGUGUGCGGCCCAAUGUUCUGGGUCGUGUGGGUCAUCAGCAAGACAAGUGGAAGCGACAGGUUCAAGAACAGCGCCGUCACAUUUACGAUAGACAUACCAUGCUUAAUUAAAUUGUUUGUAACAUUUUGGUUAACUAGAAUACAGAAUACCCAGUGAUAAUUUUGAAGUACAUUAAAUGUUAGUGUUAACAUUCCUUUCAUAAAAUUGUCUUCCUUUAUUUGUUUUAUUCUCUUAUUUUCUUUGUAGAUAAAUUAUAUAAAAUACAUAACAUAUGCUUUGCAUUCUCUGUACUUUUGUUGGUUAAGGUCAUGUUUUAAUAUCAUACUUGGGAUACAUCUAUAUAAUAAACUCAACCUCGCCUAGGUUGUCUUUUGUUUUUCGUAAAAGUUUCAGCAAUAUGCUUUUCUGUCAUACCAACUGUUGUAUAAAAAAAAGGAUGAAUUGAAUACUUCAUAAUUCUAGAUACAGAAGAUUUGAGUAAAAAAAAAAUAAGAUGUAAAGGUAGAUCCAAGUUAGUUGAAGGGAAACUUGAGGAAGGAGGUAAAUAAGAGCAGCAGAUUACACUGACAAUGUCUGUGCAAAGGAAGUUGCACUUGAAUUCCCCAAUACAGAGCAAUAAAACAGGGAUGAAAUAGUGUUAUAUUUCGAUAUAUUUUGCUCUAAUGAGCAAAAAUACAUGUAGAAACAGUAUAUGUAUUGCAGGCAUCAGCAAUGUAGUAGAUAGGAGCACAGCUUCAACUAAAAUUUCAAGUGGUACAGAAUUUGGAAACCUGCUAAGUGUAUAUUUUAUUUCAGUUCUUGAAUUAUUAGCUCAAUGGUGCUGAGCUGACUGGGUAGGUGAAAACUAUACCAGAGCUGGAAGUGGACUAUCAUAAAAAUAUAGUGAUAUAGUCAUACAAAUAUAGUUGUAAGAAAGUUGUAAAUCCAUGUUGGCUGACAUGUGAAUAGCACUUCUGUAUUAAAUGAACUCUCAUAUAGACGAUAAACCUGAAGAUGAGUGCUGCAUAUGAGUGGGAGGCCACAAUAUACACUACUUAUCUUUUAUUUUACUGUCUGUCUGGGUUAAUGUUGUUGAUCACUGUGUAUUAUGCAUUUGAGUCCCCCCUUUCAUGUACAGUAACUAAAUAUAGUGAUGGAACAGUGUGUAGAAUAAAAAAAUGGUUUAUAUCAUUAUUUUGUGUAAAAUUCGAUUUUCUGUCUUUUUUAGAGCCAGAUGUAAGGGAUGUUCACUUCUGUCCUCUACAGGAAUCCAAAAAAAAAAAUGGGAGAAUGAAAAUAUUUGUUUUUUGUUACCAUCAAGGGAUAGCAGUUAUAUUCCUCUUACACAUAAUAUAUUAAGUUGAUGGUAAAUGCUUUGGUAGGCUUUUUGCAGCAUAUACAAUGUACAGUGUAUAUUUUUUUUUCAACACACCGGCCACAUCUCACCAAGGCAAGGUGACGUAACAAGAAAAAACAAGUUUUUUUUUUUUACGUCGCCUUGAAAAGAAAAGAAAAACAUGAGUUUUCCUUUUUAAAUUUAGUAAUUUAUACAAGAGAAGGGGUUACUAGCCUCUCUCACUCAGCAUUUUAGUCGCUUCUUAGGACAUGUAUGGCUUACAGAGGAAGAAUUCUUUUCCAUGUCCCCAUGGAGAAUAGUAUAUAUAUAUUUAUAUAUUGCUGAUGCAUUCAUAAACUAUAGUAUUAUUUAAAUAUUAUUUUAAGGUAUUAUAUUUAAGGCAUUCACAUUAGUUGUGGGCUAAAGUUGAAAUGCCUCGGUGGGAGACGGCCGACUUGUUGAAAAAAAAAAAAAAUUGUAAACUUUUCAACUUAAAUUUAUUAAAAUGUGUAAUGAAUAAAUUAUUGCUCUUUA